GUCGCAGGUAUACAGCGCUUAGUUAUAGUUAUCGGUGUAACACUUUUGCUGUCAUAUAAGUAGUGUGAUAACUGGUCGGAAGUUGUGAUUUUUUAUCAAGUUUUUGCGCCUGUUCAAGGGAAUGCUUGAUAGGUGGUUUGAGAUUAGAAUGUUAUUGGACGUAAGGGGACACUUAAGUGUGGUUAACAAUCCGUGAAAAUCGUGAUGACUGACACUUUAAUCGGUGCGUAGAUUUUAGUCGUUAAUUAAUAGUGGAAUAAACAUGUUGUGGAUGGUUUGAGGACAAUGGGUGUCAAUUUAGACAGGUGGACGUGGUUGAAGCUAAUAGAGGUGAUCCUCGUGAUUAUAUGCCUCGUCUUCAAGCGAGUAACCGACGACGAGGCGUUCAGCCUGCGCUUAUACCUGCAGAAGCUCUCCAGGGAGUGGAGUCUGCUGAACAACAUCACCUGGAGCAGAGUAGGGGCCGCCGUAGCGGACGCUACCUUCGGGGGGUACCUUAUAAUCACCGCCGCCCUGUUCAUAGGGAGGCUGACGGGGGAGCUGCCCACGCACAAACGUGUCACUGAGCUGGUGCUGCUUGGGAUUGGGUCGAUCUUGUUCAUCGCGAUGGGAAGCCUUUCCUUCGCCGCCCUAGACUCCGUACCCCAAGACCUAGUCGACAACGCGGCAAUAGUAGGGACAGUGUCCCUAGUCACUGGCGCGCUAUUCCUCCUCGAUAUGGGCGGUCCAAAAGCGAAAAAACCAACCGAGGCCCAACCCAAGUCCAAGAAAGCCACCAAACCCAAAUCCGUGGAGCCAAAAAGUAUCUCCCAACACGUUAACGACAUAGAGAAACAGAUAGAGCAAUCCGAGAGGACACAUUUCGACAGGUACGAUCCCCAGAAGAGCUUCAAGGAAAGUAAGAAUAACGGGAUAAGGAAUGGACGGGCUAGACACGAUGGGGUGGUGUUGGACGUGGAAGGGACAAAAAAUAUGAAAGGUUACCAACAAAUGAAGGAUGAUUUUCCGAGGAAGUUCGGCAUCUAUGGAAAAGACGUGGUGGACGGAGACGGAAGUGAAACAGAUGAAACUGACGACCUCCGAAUACCUCCCAAGAUGGAGCAACACUCACCAGUAUGGAGCAAUAUAAGAAAGGGUCAGUACGGCAGGUACGACAUUAUAUCCUCCCCCAUUGUCCUCCCCAAGCAAAAGGAGAGAGAAGAGGACCGUCCGCCUAGUAGACCUGGUGAACCAGGGUACGUCCAAUAUACGGCCCAGCAUUGGGGCGAGACCAAAUCCAAAACGCCGAGACACAGUCCCACGGAAGUUUAGAGAUUUUUAUUAUUUCUUUUAUAGUCUAAAUAACGCAGUAUUAUUCGUAGGUGUAUGUUUUUUAUAAAAUGUGAAUUGUU